UGAUAAAACAGCAUUUUUUUUAUUAAAAACUUUUGUUGAAAAUGUUCUGACCAGCUAUUCUUACGUGCACAGUUAUCUGCCUUGCACAUAGUAAUGUGUCUUUAUAGAAACCUCAUCGAACUGUUGUGAGAUUCAGUGUUUGUGAAGGGCUCUGAGAUAGCAGAUGCUAAAGAGGUACAAAUUAAUAGUUACAAUUGUUUAAUGCAGGUGGGUUUCCCAUGUGCAUCUUAUCCCUAGCACCAGGGCUUUGUGUCACUGAAAGUGUACAUCCACGGGAGUAAGGAAAGAGUUAAUCUUCCAGCCCAGUCUCCCUGGUGAUUAAGCAACUGCUCACUGUGCAUCUCCUGAAAGGUUUUCUGUUUGCUGGGUAAGCAGUGUAGACUCAGGUUGAUGAUGCAACUAUCCAGCAGCCCAUAACCCACCCAUUUUCCUCCUGCAGAUCAAUCCGGCAGCUCGGCAACAUGGAUCCCAGACUGCGAACAGCAAGAGGGAGCACACACAGGCAGCAUGGGCUGUGAAAUGGGACAGGUAUCAGCCCGCAGCUUUGCAUCCCUGAGCCUUUCACAAUUGCCUUUGCUUCCCUAUCAAGGCAGCAGAAGGACCAGGGAUUCUGUUGCUUCUCACAAGGGAUCCAACCAAAGUUUAUCUCCUGUGCUGUGAACUCUUUGUCGAAAGUCAGUGGUUUUGUUAAUGUCUGUAAAGUGUGGUGUGAUAAAUCUACCCACUCAUUCUGGUUUGUGGCUUGUGUUGGCCCCAGCUCUGUCUGUUUUGCUUCAGGCAUAUUUCAGCUCAUGAAGGCGCUGGCAUUAAACCCAAGCCCUCUACUUGCACCUGAUCUUUCAUCUUUGGAAAAAGGAGAUUAACAGGACUUCGAGAGAUGCAAUCGGCAGGUUUACCCAUUGUAAACGCUUUCUUUGAGAAAGCAAAAUAAACCAGGCACUCAUCAGAGCCUCAAGCAGUGAGCACCAAACUGGAGCCAUGGGGACUGUGGCACUCUAUAUGCUUGUUUCUAGUGUGAUACAGAACUGCUACUUGAGGAGCAGCCAGUGCAGUGCGGAACUGGAUGGAGAAGUGAACACCUGGGAUGCGGGAGUUGGAAAUACCUCAGCCUCUGUCACCAGCCUCCUGCAGCUCAGACAGGCUGAUGCCAGAGGAGAGGGGCUCUCUGCCAAGGCCCCCCUGGCAAAAGCAAGUGAGGCAGUUCACACAAGGGGAACCAGCUUCCCGCCACAUCCUGGCCCCAACCCAGAUUCAGGAGCCUCCUUUAGUUCCUCUACCUCGGGGAGGGCCCUGCCUGCGGGAGAGGUUUCUGCCAUGGCGUUGCCCUUGGAACAGGAAGGUGAAGGAAGUGGCACUGCAGCCCCAGCAGGGAGCGCUGCCCAGGGGUCACCUGGAAAUAUCGAGCAUCCCUCAGGGAUGUGGGACAAGGAAAUCCCCACUCGCCACAGGAGCAAAGCAUAUUCUCGGCCGGCUGGAAACGCUACAGGGAUGGUACGAUUGUCCACCCAAAGGAAACAGGACAAUGCCACCUGGCCUCCCGUCACGACAGCAAGGCAGAAAUCUCCACCUGCUUCCAACUGGCUCCCCAUCCUGGAGAAGCAUGACAUCCCGGUGGUUGUGGGGGUCUCCGUGUCUCUGGCUUUGAUAUUCAUUUCCAUGGGGGUGUAUUCAUUCCGCCAGAAAAUAGAGCACGCCAAAGGCAACAGUACCUCUUCUCAAAAAUCCUCUAAUUCUCGGAGAAGGAGAAAUUACUUGGAUGUGGAUGAGGCAUAUGAGAACAGGGCAUUCGAAGUUGAAUGCGCUGUCGACACUACUGAGCAGAAUCCGUACGACACCAGCACGUCCCCCAGCCUGCUGCAUUCCGACCCCACGCUCCCUGCAGAAGCAGCUGAGCACCGAGAGGACCCCCCGGGUGUUGCUGCUGGCAAGGCUCUGCAGACAGCACAGGCCAGGGAAGCGGAAUUGCUGGGCGGGAGCAUGGCUCCAAUUGUGUUCUCUGCUCCUUGCGACGUGCAUGUUGCGUCAUAUCAGGACUCCCCAGUGUCCCUGCAGCGUGAGACUGCUCGUCAGGAGAACCACCCAAGCCCUCACAAAGCUCCACCCUCUUCUGUGCCCGCGGAGUUGAAGAGUGCCAGGCCCGGGGAGCCUGGUGCAAGGGCCCCUGGCAUGUGCUCUGCAACCUCUCCGUCUCUCCAGCACAUUGGCACCACGCUGUAUUUCCACGGGCCUGAGCCACUGCUCUGGAGCAUCGUACCGCUCAGGAGGAACGCCAGUGGGAAUCAUGGCCAAGUUACGGCAGCCCCUGUGGUGGGAAUGGUGGAGUGUUCCCCUCCUGGAGCUCAGUCCAGCUCUGAAACAGUCAUGAUGUCUGUUACAGUGGAAAUACACCUGUAUCCUUGCAGCCCAGAGAUGUCCUCAGCUCCGGCAACCACUCAGACUGUCUCCGAUUCAUCUCAUCCAGAGGCAGCAGGGGCAGCAUCCCAGCAGCCAGCUUCGCUGGGCCCAGGAGUUUUUUGUGACUGGAUUAAAACUGACCCAGUGAAGUCUUGAAGAGAACAAAAUAACUCUUCUCUGGCAGAGGGAGGCCAGGAGCAGCCGCGUGCCCUGAGAUUGAUGCUCCUAAGUGGGUCAGAAUAUUCUACUAUGUAUAUGGAUGUUUGUUCUUACCAUGGCCUCUGUUUCUUUGGUCCUCCUCAUCUGCUCCUUUCUCUAGCUUUUUGAGUCGCUCUCCUCUGUGCUACAUCAGCCACAAACCCCCCAGCUGCAGAAUGUCUAGCCAGAAAUAGCAAGAAGGCGCUCCGAGCCAUCAAAUCCCUUGGCACUGUGUGUUGGUAGAGUCACAAUUAGGGCUUGGGACACUCUUGGCUUGGAGAAUGAAUUGAGGACAGUUACAAGACCAUUGUUUUACUGUGCAGAUUGCAAAGCCCUGUGUCCUGGGAGCAUCCAGGGAAGGAUACAGCGAGCUCAUGGGCAAAUGCUGCAGCACCAUGUGCCUGUAGCAGAAUAACUCCUGUUCUGACGGAAUGGAAGAAGUGCAAUGAACCUUACAGGAAGCAUUUCGUGUGUCUGGCAUGGAGAUGUGUGACAUUGUGACUGAUUGGAUAUCUCAUUCUGUGAUGUGGACACAGAACCCUGCUGGGGGAGAUUAACAUAGGGAUAGAUGUUAUGCUAGAGAGACACUGUGAAAGAAUGCAAGCGCUGUGUUGUCAGCAUCUGGAGCUUUAAAAUAAACCCAUGGUGACAUGGAUGAAAUGUCAGUAUGCGGUAAGUUCAUCAUCAGCAAUGAACACAACAGCAGCUGUGGUGUGAGCAGGCUGCACAGCAGAGAGGGGGCUGUAUGCA